AGUGACGUUGCAUUGUAAUGUGUCGUCCUGUAUUGUCGCGAGAAGACCUGUGCAGUUCAACUGCAUCACUCACAUUUGCCGCUUUUUUGAACCACCUGUCCCCUUGGAUUGAACACACCUCAACGCAGAGCUGAAGCUGGAAAUUCCGUGCGGCCUCAUGGCGUCUGUGAGCCCUGCGGAGCGUGAGAGCUUUCAGCGGGACGGCUUUCUGAAAGUGGAGAAACUCAUCAGUGUGGAGCAAGCCAAAGAGCUUCGCGAGCAUUAUGAGGAGCUUUUUCAAGGAAAGUUCCCCACAGGCAUUUAUCCGGAUGAAUGGCAUUGGCGGGAAGGAAUCUCAAAGCCAGACAAGUUUCGGGAGAUUGUCAAUGCGUGGAAGUCUUCGCCCUUGGUGGCCGCGGUGGCCUUGUCACCGGACGUGGCCCAAGUGGCUGCGAGCCUCAUGGGCUGGGAGGGAACUCGCUUGGCGCAGGAUGACGUGCUGUGGAAGCCACCAGGUGCGAGUGGUGUGGGCUAUCACCAAGACAGCGCGUAUAUCUCCCAGAACUUCCGUCCCCUGGAGAACAACUCGGUGACGGUGUGGAUCGCGCUGGACGAUGCAGAUGAAGAGACUGGAGUGGUGGAAUAUGCCGUGGGCUCCCAUCGCUGGCCCCUCCACGACGACUCUGCCACGACGUCGUCCUUCCACGGAGCCGACGACGAGUGGGCACCCCUGCGCCACGCCGCCGAGCGCGCUGGCGUUGGUCCUCCGGAGAUCCGGCGCUUAACAGUGCCGCUGGGGGGCGCCGUGUUUCAUCACCAGGACGUGUGGCACGGCUCCGGCCGCAACCGCUCGUCGCACCGCCCGCGCCGAGCGCUGGGCGUUCAUUUGCUGAAGCGUGACCUGGUUUGGCGCCGAGAGCCGCGGCCCGACUACAUCUAUGGGCGCUACAUGCUCAGUGAAGACUCUGAAGAGGUUUCUGAGCAGUUCUUCCCUAUCACCUGGACACCCUCAGGUUACACGAGCCCUGUGGUGCGUCGCUUGCUGAAGCCAACGAACAAGAAACCACGACUCGAGGCAGAUGGGAUGAAAAAGGCCUGAGAGCCGCUUCAGCAACUGAACCAGUAAUGGAUUGAGA